AGCAGAAAGUGAAAGUGAAACAAUGAAACACGAACAGUUCUGUGGGUGACCCUGCGUGAAUCGGCAGAGACAUGAUUCGCAUGAUGAUCUGGUUGAUGUACAGCACACUUGGUCCUGUGAUCGCGUGGAUAUGGCGCAUCAGCAGAACUUUCCUCGUCACGCCACUCGUGAGUCCUUUAGUCAGGUCCGUGCGUCUGGCUUUAGGCUGGAGAGAAGAUUCCGGAAGCCGGGGUAAGCCUGAGAGAAACGGAGGAGUUGACGCGGAGACCGUUGGUGAUCCAGAACAAGGUCCACGCGAGCGGAAGCUUAUGGAUGAAGAGGAGGAGGAAGAGGAGGAGGAGGAGGAGGCGGAGGAGGGAGAGUGUGAGCGCGUGGACACAACGGAUGAGUUUUAUUGUGAUUACGAUUCAACCUGGGAGUCAGACGGAAGUGAGGAGGAGGAGGAGGAGAAGAGAGGAGUGAUGAAGAGGAGCAGCCUGCGGUCAACAGCUGCGUUUUCUGAGCAACACUUCAAGUUCAGAAGAUUUGAACAGGCUGCUAAAGACAUGUGGAACUACAGACAUGACUACCGUUUCCAGACCAGACUGCAUCACUGGAACAGGAACAUGCUCCCUGAUGAAAAGCCCAACUUAGGGUUCUACCUUGGACAGAGGCCUUCUAUGCCAGAUGGUGUCUACAUACAUGAUUUCCACAAUCACUGGAAAGGAAGCUACGACAUGCUGGAGCGGGUACACACUUUCAUUCAGUGGUUGUUCCCUCUGCCAGAGCCAGGCAUGAACCAGGAGGCCUGGCCACUGACAAAAGAAGAAAUUAAGGAUUUCUGUGACAGUGACACUGCAAAGGAGAACCUGCUUCAGUCCUACAAGCUCAUGUUAGACUUCUAUGGCUUGAAGUUGUGUGAUGAAAAGACUGGAGAAAUCAAGAGAGCCUCAAACUGGGAAGACCGAUUCUACAACCUGAACAAUCACUCUCAUAACAACCUGCGCAUCACCCGCAUCCUGAAGUGCCUGGGCAUCCUGGGGUUUCCACAUUUCCAAACUCCCCUGGUCCAGUUAUUUCUGAAGGAGACUCUAAUCCACGGAGAACUUCCAAGUGUCAAGGACAGUGUCCUCAACUACUUUGUGUUUGCUGUCCGUGACAAGAAGCAACGCAGGGACCUCAUCCAGUUUGCAUAUUCAAACUACAAGCCCAAAGAGGAGUUUGUGUGGUGCCCAAGGAGAAUCCAGAUGAAGUGGCUGAGAAUGGAUGCCGUCACGACCAGUUAUGAGCUCAAGUCUGAGCUUAGACACCAGAGAUGAAGCUGUAAAAGUAGAAUCUGUCUGAACAUCUGGUAACGAUGACCAAAACCUGAACCCCUGAUGAGUCAUGACUGCAUUCAGUCACCUUUCUCUAAUCAUUUAGUCACUUGUCCACAUCAUAAACCACUUUAUUUAUGACUCCUUUCCAAA